AGAGUUGGAAUUGUAGUUGGAGCUGUGUUUGAUCAUGAAUCUAAAUUGAAAUUGUUUUUAAAGUUUUGUGAGAGAAUUAUAAGUGAAACAAGUUUUGUAUUUGAAAUUUUCAUUGUCAAACAUUAUUGUUUUGUGAAAUAGUUUUUCGAAAAGAAUGAAAAAAAUAAUCAAUGUUUUUACUUAGUCUACCUUGUAGUUUUUCCCAAAAAUUUCAGCUGAAAAACAACCAAUUUUUCUUUUUCCCUUUUUAAGAAAGAGAUCAGCUGAAAAUAGAAUUUUAGCAGAGAAAAAAGGGAGCUUUAUUAAUGGAGGAAGAAAAAGAGUUGAAGAAGAACAUUCCAGUAUUGCCAUGGAUGAGAAAUCCAGUUGAUAUUACUACUUUUGAUCAAUGUUCUCUUGAUCUUGUGCCUUUUAUUGAUCCCAGGUUAGUGGUGGCUUUGAAGAAUAUGAGCAUCACUUCACUCUUUCCCGUGCAGCUUUCUGUCUGGCAAGAGACUAUUGGACCUGGUUCUUUUGAACGAGAUCUUUGCAUAAAUUCACCUACAGGGAGCGGGAAAACUCUUGCUUAUGCAUUACCAAUUGUUCAAAUGCUGUCUAAACGUGCUGUAAAAUGUCUUCGCGCACUAGUGGUCUUGCCAACUAGAGACCUGGCUUUGCAGGUCAAAGAGGUCUUCUCUGCUCUUGCACCUGCAGUAGGUUUGUCGGUCGGCUUGGCUGUAGGUCAGUCAUCAAUUUCGGAUGAAAUCUCUGAGCUCAUCAAGAAACCCAAUGUUGAGUAUGGCAUAUGUUAUGAUCCUGAAGAAUUCUCAUACGAGUUACAAAGCGCAGUAGACAUAUUAGUGGCAACUCCUGGAAGACUGAUGGACCACAUCAAUAACACUUAUGGUUUUACCCUUGAGCAUCUAUGUUAUCUUGUUGUCGACGAAACAGAUAGGUUAUUAAGGGAAGCUUAUCAGUCUUGGCUUCCUACCGUCAUUCAGUUGACCAGCUCUUCUGUUGACGGGAACUUCCCUUCUGCUGAUGAUCUUCUUCCUUUCACUUAUGGUUCAUUGAAGACAAUCAGAAGAGUGGGCACAGAAAGAGGGUUCAAGGGAAAAGCCUAUCCAAGGCUUGCAAAGAUUGUUUUAUCCGCCACACUAACACAAGACCCAAGUAAACUUGCUCAGCUUGAUUUACAUCAUCCUCUUCUUCUAACGACUGGAGAAAGACGUUACAGGCUUCCUGAAGAACUCAAAUCAUUUAAAGUGCUAUGUCAAUCGAAGCUUAAGCCAAUUUAUCUUGUUUCCCUUCUUCAAAAUCUGCAAGGGGAGAAAUCAAUUGUUUUCACAUCAUCUGUGGAGUCCACUCAUAGAUUAUGCACCUUGCUAAAGUUUUUCGACAAUUUGCAAAUUGAGUUCAAGGAGUAUUCUCGUCUUCAACGUCAAUCUGUAAGAAGCAAGACGUUGAGGGCUUUCCGGUCAGGGCAAGUGCAAGUGCUUAUUUCCUCUGAUGCUAUGACUCGUGGAAUGGAUGUUGAAGGAGUGAGAAAUGUCAUAAACUAUGAUAUGCCUGCAUAUAUAAAAACAUAUAUUCAUCGGGCAGGUCGAACUGCAAGAGCGGGCCUAAGUGGAUGUUGCUUUACCUUAAUGCAUAAAGAUGAGAUUAAGCGCUUCAAGAAGAUGCUGCAAAAAGCUGACUCUAACUCUUGCCCCACCUAUUCUGUUUCUUCUGAAGUGAUAGAGUCACUCCGCCCUAUGUACACCUCAGCUUUGGACAAACUUAGAGAGAAUGUUGAAUCAGAGAAGUUUAAGAAAAGCAAGAUUAGAUUGAAGUCUUCAAAUGUGAGAAAGGAGAAGUGAAAAGCUGUCCGUGGUGAUAACUUCCAUUUUCCUAGACAGUGUAGUACUCAAUCGCCAACCAGUUUAUGAUUAUUCCAUGGAACAACAGGUAUGGGAAUGCCUGUAAAGAUGAGAGGGUAACUCCAGAGAGUCGAGAGGAUGAUACCAAAAGGAGGAAUAAGGACACGGGGGUUAUGGUGCUGAUGUCUCGUGAACCAGACAACGGCACCAAGGAAAGAGGAAUCUGGCCGGGGAGUCGAAAUCGGGGAAAGAGAAGGAGGAGAAGGGAUUUUAACCUUAAUAAUGCAAGAUUUUAGCAGAUUAACAAAAAUAAUAUAAAGUUUUAAACAAUAUCAAAAACAGACCAAACUCAUUUGCCAGUAAUGUUUUUGACAUUUGCUUCUGAAAAAUGACUGAUCAGGAUAUAUUUAUCUUUCCAAAAAUGAUAAAUAAUUAUAUGAAUAUCAAUUUUGUCAGAAAAAAUUCUCAAAUUUGUGGUAAAAAAGGAAAACAUUCUGAUUAUCGCUGUUGUUGCUAGUUAUGGAGAUGAAAGCUAUGUGAUUCUGCUAGCUGUGUUUUUUUUUUUUCCUGUAGAUAGUGUAGAUAGGUGAAGAUGAAAGGUAAGAAAAAAAAGCAAAAUGUGCUAAGAAUGGUGGUGGAAGUGGAAUGAAUCCACUAGUGCAAAUUAACAAUGGAAAUAUGUAAUAAUAUAGAUGUUGUGUGAUUCGAGUGCGACUUAAAUGAAACAAGAUUACGGGACAGGUAAUAAACACAACUUGGAAAACAAAAUGUAACUCAGGAAUCAGGAUUAUGUAAAGUUUUAUUAACGGCGCUAAAAGAAGCGAUACUCUCCGUCUAGAGAAAUUUUUAGCUGGAUGGUAAAACGUUACAACAGAGUAUGUUUAUGCAUGGUAAUUUUCACAAACACUGUAUUAUAUAAAUUAAAAAUUCAGAGGGUGAAUUCCUGAUAGCAAGGAAACAGAGGUCGGAGCAGAGAGGAAAGAAGGAACUUUUUAUGGAAGGAAGAAUAAGCCUCAAAAGGGGUAGACUUGGUGUGUGUGUGGGGUGGGGGUUGGGGGAAGGAGGAUACAGAAGCGGAGAAAAACUAAAGAUCCUAGGGUACUAGACUAACCGAGGAAAAAUACAGAGGGGGUUUCUUGCGGUUUGGAGGAAGGCACCAGUUUGAACAAUAGGAAGAACUGCUGGGCACAAGAUUAGUAAGCGUUAUGUUCUACGAAAGGGGAGCAAUAGCGUUUUUCAAUGUUAAGUUGCUCAAUUGUUUGUUUUAGUAUGAAUGCUACUUCUCCCAUUUUGUUGUGAUUAGAUGUAUUUAAAUUCACUGUGCCGUAUUGUGUUCUCGUACGCUUGUGUUGCCCGUCCUUAAUGCCUGUUUUGUAGAAUAACAUAUAUUAUCGAUAUAUAAAAAGAAACAGAAAACGAAUGUACAUAACAAUUUCAUAGCCGUACUGAAGCAACUUUGGUAAUAUUUACAGAAAAUUGCAUGAUAGUCCGGAGGAGGAAUUUUCAUCAUCCCACAGAGGUUACAUAGAGGCAAUAUUUAUCUAGUCUCAGCAAAGCUUGGACUCCGUCCAAAGCUUCUCGGACUUUCUUACUAAGAACGAGAGAAAAUUUGCUGAAAGAAAAUAACAAGGAAUCAGUAGACAGUAGACAGUAGACAGUAGACUGUAGACUGUAGACUGGUCAAGAAAUUGAAAAUUUUAAAGCGCUCUUAGCAAGCUUAAGUUAUAGAUACUUUAGCUGCCAAAUACAGAAAACGACCUCUGAACUUCUUUGA